UCGCGUGAAGAACAGCUGCCUCCUGCCUGCACCACGUUAGAGAGACCGAAAGAGACAAAGAGAGCGAGAAGCAGAGCCGCGAGGCAGAUUAUCGGAGAUUCAGGUACGACAGUGCAGGAGCGAUGGACUUCCUACCACCGGAAUUCUGCCAACGGCACGUCAUCCUGCUGUUGUUCCUCAUGAGGUACCACCCGGACUACCUCGAGGAUUUAGAGGAGGAGUUCGCCCAAGCGCGGCUGGCUGCCACCGUCGGAGUCACAGCAGCAACGCGGGCACCACAGCGGGACGCGAGCACGCAGGUCAACGCGCACUCGCCGUUACGCCGACGAGGGGUUGACGUGGGCGUCCAGGUAUCCGUAGAAAUGACCCAUAGAGGUACGGACACGGAGGGCUUGAACCCCUUGCCUGCACGGGAGGAGGAGGACGAGUUAGCAUCAUUGGAGGAGCCACGACCAGCGCCAUCAGCGGAGCAGGACCUCGGCAGCCACGCUGCGGCCAAAGACGGGCGCAGGACGGACCAGAAAGAGCUGGAUCAGCUCGCCAACGUGUCCGAGGUGAAACGCUGUUGGAACUGCGGUUCCUCCCGUCAUUUUCUGGACCAGUGCGAAGCCCCUAGAUUGCGCACUUUCUGCUACCGCUGUGGCCGCCCCGGAUACACUGUAAUGUCAUGCCCGAGAUGCGGCAAAGAAUGGCAGGCGCAGGGCUCCUACCGGCGGGAUGACGGAUACGUGGGAGGUCACGGACCUCAGUGCACCGGAAAACCACCGGGAGUCCUAAAGUCUCCCAUACGCGCGCGGGGCGGCUCCCCGAGAUAAGGGCCGAAAGGAGGCUGGUGUUCCUCCCUCACCUACGUUUGGGCCUUGGUGCCUUUCGUUCUCUUGUUUUUUUUCUCGGUACAGAGUCCGGGAUAUUAUUUUCUUUUCUCGCAUUUCUUAGAGUCCAUUUUCGUUAGUUAUUAAUUAAAGUCGUGUUGGCCUAAUGCGUUUUCGUGCUUGGUAGCCCCGCUACAUUAUAAGUUGUGCGUGCCGAAUAUGGAUUAAUUCGUAUUAUUUUCUUUUGUAUUCUAAGCAGCUACAUUUAUUGUAAAGUGCCGUAGAUUAUUUUCGCUCGAGAUCCGCCGCUAGGCGUCGGCUCUUCAAUUUUGUUUUGUUUAAUUGAUCUAUUCGAGCCGCUUUAAAUUGUGUAACAUUUCUCUAUCACUACCGACUACCAACUACCGACUACCAACGAUAAUUUCCGUUUAUCUCUUUCGUUAUCAAUUACUAAAUUUCCCUACUCAAUUUGUUAUUUCCUUUAUUUUUUUGAUAUUUCUUUUUAUUAUUAUUAUU